AUGGUCAUCUGGAGCUUUUUGAUACUGCUGUACCACGGAUGUGUUUGGGAACAUGUCAAAGGAGAACUGCCUUUUCUCACUGGGAACAACGCUGCCAUGUUGGUCAACUGGAACACUGUUGACGGAAGUAAGAAGUUGUACGCGAUCUACGACACGAGCGUCAAUGAACCAGGCAAUAUGUCUUUCGUGAAGGAGACGGUGGACAAGCUGCUGAAGGGCUAUGACAUACGAUUAAGGCCAGAUUUUGGAGGAGCGCCCGUCGCCGUCGGCAUGAGCAUAGACGUGGCCAGUAUCGACAUGGUCUCAGAAGUGAACAUGGACUACACCCUGACCAUGUACUUCCAGCAGUACUGGCGUGACAAGAGGCUGGCGUACGUGGGCAUCCCCCUGAACCUCACCCUGGACAACCGCGUGGCCGAUCAGCUCUGGGUCCCGGACACCUACUUCCUCAACGACAAGAAGUCCUUUGUCCACGGAGUCACGGUGAAGAACCGCAUGAUCCGCCUGCACCCGGACGGCACCGUGCUCUACGGACUUAGGAUCACCACCACAGCAGCCUGCAUGAUGGAUCUGAGACGUUACCCUCUGGACGAGCAGAACUGCACCCUGGAGAUCGAGAGCUAUGGGUACACCACCGACGACAUCGAGUUUUACUGGAAAGGAGGAGAGGAAGCUGUUACCGGGGUGACCAGGAUCGAACUUCCGCAGUUUUCCAUCGUCGACUACAAACUUGUGUCCAGGAAUGUUGUCUUUUCCACAGGUGCCUAUCCUCGUCUCUCUCUGAGCUUUAAACUGAAGAGAAACAUCGGUUACUUCAUCCUCCAGACCUACAUGCCCUCCAUCCUCAUCACCAUCCUGUCCUGGGUCUCCUUCUGGAUCAACUACGACGCUUCAGCAGCCAGAGUCGCCCUCGGUAUUACAACUGUGCUCACCAUGACAACCAUCAACACCCACCUGCGCGAGACCCUGCCCAAGAUCCCGUACGUGAAGGCCAUAGACAUGUACCUGAUGGGCUGCUUCGUCAUGGUGUUCCUGGCCCUGCUGGAGUACGCCUUCGUCAACUACAUCUUCUUCGGUCGGGGGCCACAGAUGCAGAAGAAGCUGGCGGAGAGGGCGGAGAAAGCCAACAACGAGAGGGCCAAGUAUGACGCCGCAAGGGAGGCAGGUAGUAGGACCGCUUCCCUUAAACGCUCCAAUCAGAUUAAAGGUCUUCGCCACUCGCGAUCGGCGGACCCUGCGCACGGCCACACUAACAUCCUGCUCACCACCCUGGAGAUCCACAACGAGGUGGCCGGGGGCGAGAUCACCACCAGCGUGGCGGACAUCAGGAACUCCCAGUCCAUGGUGCAGCUGGACAGCUCCGCCUCUCAGCACAUCCAGUACCGUAAACAGGGCGGAGGCAUCGGGCCGCGCUCCGCAAGCCGCCACUCUCUGGACCGCAGCGCCCAGAAACGCAGCCGACUGCGCAGACGCUCGUCUCAGCUCAAAAUCAAAAUCCCCGACCUAACAGACGUGAACGCCAUCGACCGCUGGUCACGCGUCAUCUUCCCCUCCGUGUUCUCCUUCUUCAACCUGGUCUACUGGCUCUAUUACGUCUGA